AUGGCUUCAUCAGACGAUAUCUUCUUUUCAACAGGGGUUGAUGACCAUAAUCCUCCAUCACAUGGUGAUUUAACUUUUAUCGAUGAACUUUUAAAUGAAAUGCGAUCAAUAAAUCCUGACAAUGUCGAUAUAACGUCGACUGACACAAAUCAACUUGAUUCCGUGUACGAGAAAUUAUCCGCCGGUCAAAGUGGAACCACAGAAAUUCAUGGAAUACCAUCAUCUUUGCAAAAUCAAUUCGAUUCUCUUCAAAUAAAUGAAGAAAAUCGAACGAGAAAUUCAAUUCCACCACUUACAAAUAAUAAUCAAGUGGUUCAAACGAAUGAAGAAAAAAUUGAUGGUUUAGAUCAAGCAAUGGCACAAUUAUUUUGUGAAGAUUUUCCGAGUUCAUCCGAAACAUUGACAACUUCACCAGAAGAGUCAGUUGUCAAAUCGGAUUUCACUGUUCGCUCAAAUUUGGUUAACUCUACUGAAACAAUCGCAACACAUCAAAUCUUACGAUUUCGCACACCACCAUUUUUGAAUCAACGAGCUCGAUAUGCGAGCGAUCAUAACAUAUUUUUCCGUUAUAUCUCAGCACCGGACAACAAUCGUAUCAGUUUUCAUGCACUUCAACUUCGUGAUGGCUUAGCACCGGAUAUUUCUGUCGUAAUGCGUGUUACUCGCACUACAAAUCCAUAUGAAUCGGUGACAAUCUGUCAUCCUUAUCCGUUGUGGGUCAACGAUCCAAAAGCACAAGUUCAUCAAGGUUCAUUAUUACUUGACAUCACUAAGGAAAUACGAAACAAUGAAGAAAUUAGUUUUGAAAAUUUAAUGAUGGUACGAUUAGGACAAAGCCCGUUAAAGGAAAUGACUCAAUGGCCAAUCUUUACAACGAAUCAACUUGACUACAAUGAUUUUCAUCAAACCGGUAUAACUGAUCCAAAAAUUCUCAUUGAAAAAUACCGUCUACAUGACAGUAUUUUGCAUUUUCAAAUAUUCGUUGUUGAUACAAAUCACGUGGCCUAUCCAACUGAUCUGUUAUGUGAAACAGAGUCUAUAUUCGAAUAUGAAGAGAAGGAUCGUUUGCAAAUUCCCAACUAUUUACCAGCUGCGCGACGACGCCAACCCAAACGAUUACAACGACAGACAUCACGCAAAAAACGAGUCAACUGA